UUUUCCCCAAUUUCACACCUACGAAAUCUCUUCUUCAAUCAAUUCAAAACUAAACCCUAAAAAACUCGCAAUUCAUCACUCUCAUACACAAAAUCAACCUCAAUCAACUUCAAAAUCGUUAAAAUCAACAUACUGAUUCAAUCUCACUAGUCAAUUUCAUCCAAAAUCAACAGUUUGAAACCCUAAUUUCCCCAAAUUUCACUCCAUAUGCUCCACAAAUCACAAAAUCAGUCAGUUUCAAGCAAAAUCGACAGUUUGAAACACUAUUUUUCCAUCAAUUUCAUUCCAUAUGCUCCACAGAUCACAAAAUCAAACUCUGAAUCAGUUUCAACACAUCAAUGGCAGCUGAGAAGAAGUUAAUACUCACACUCUUCAUCGCCGCAUUCAUCUCGUUAAUAGUAUUCAUCUCCUCGAUCCGCGUGUCCAGUUCAUCAUACAAACCCUACGCUAACGUACGCCGCGGGCGCGGCCACCCGCCGGCGUUCGCGUACUACAUAUCUGGGACACGUGGCGAUGCUGAGAGGAUAUUCCGGCUGUUGCUGGCGGUGUAUCAUCCGAGAAAUAGGUAUUUGUUGCAUAUUGGGACGGAGGGUGAUGGUGAUGAACGGAGGAAGUUGAGUGUGAUGGUGAGAUCUGUUCCGGCGGUUCGGGCGUUUGGGAAUGUUGAUGUGAUUGGGAAGCCGGAUGCGACGACGUUUAUGGGGGCGAGUAAUGUUGCGGCGGUUUUAAGAGCUGCUGCUGUUUUGUUGAAGGUGGAUGGGGAGUGGGAUUGGUUUGUUACUCUUAGUGCUGGGGAUUAUCCUUUGCUCACACAAGAUGGCUUGUCUCAUGCAUUCUCCUUCAUUAGUCGAGACAGCAAUUUCAUCGAUCAUACCAGUGAUCUUGGAUGGAAAGAGGGUCAAAGAAUUCUGCCAAUUGUAGUUGAUCCAGGGAUCUACUUGGCAAGGCGGGCCCAAAUCUUUCGGGCCACCGAAAAACGGCCGUUGCCUAACGCUUUCAAAGUUUUCACAGGAUCUCCAUGGGUGAUAUUGAGCCGAUCAUUCCUCGAGUAUUGUGUUUUCGCGUGGGAUAAUCUCCCUCGGACUCUUCUAAUGUACGUUAACAACGUGGUUUUGGCUCAAGAAGUCUACUUCCAUACCGUCAUUUGCAACACACCCGAAUUCAAAAACACAACCAUUAACGCGGACCUAAGGUACAUGGUUUGGGACAACCCCCCUAAAAUGGAGCCACUUUUCCUCAACAAGUCAAACUACAACCAAAUGGUUCAAAGUGGUGCCGCUUUUGCACGACAGUUUGCCAAAAACGACCCGGUGCUAGACAUGGUUGAUAGCAAAAUCUUGAAACGUAGUGGUAACCGACCCGCCCUUGGUGCAUGGUGCACCGCUAGACAGGGCUGGUUCGUGGACCCGUGUUCACAAUGGGAUGAUGUCAGUGUUUUGAGUCCGGGAAAUCGAGGGAAGAAGUUUGAAGAAUCUUUAAAGAAUUUGGUAGAUGAUUCGGGAUCCGAAACAAAUCAAUGCAAAUAAAAGAAAGAUUGAAGCUUGAUCAUGGGUUGAAGAUGAAGAUGCAUUGUUUGGUGUUCAAAGAUUCUUUGGAUUGGGAUUGGGGGGGGGGGGGGGGGAAGGAAUAUUUUGAGUUUUGUUGUAAAGUAGUGAAGGUCAAAUCAAAGUAAAACAAUAAGAGGAUUCCUCUUAUUUUGUAAAACAUAUUUGUAAUGGUAUAAUGAUCUUCAAUCUCUCCUUUGUUUUCUUGUC